AUGAGUAAAAUUCUUUCAAGGGGUUUCCGGCAGCCCUUUGAGUUUCAAAGACAAGGUCCGCUAGCACGACCACCUGGUGGACACAAGCCAGAUUUCACUUUAACUGGUCCGACAACGCAAAUUACAAAAAAUCCUCAACAAACUACACAACCUGUAACAAAAACAAACAAAAACAAAACUGUAGCGCUUGAUACACUCUUUCUUGUUGAUAUUCUCGGUACAUCACACUUCGAAAACGUUCAAGAAAUCGAUGCAUCUUCAAAACAUCUGAAUUAUAUUGAUCUGACGGCAUUAGGAAUGCUAUCAACUCUUGAGAAAGCAGAUUUCAGUGAUAAUGCACUGCCACUUGAGCCAUUUGCUAUACUUCCAAAAUUAAAAGAAUUAGAUCUCAGCUGCAACUCACUCAGAUCGUUUGAUUACAAGUCAUCCGAGACAAUGAGUGGUGAUGAGAGAGCCUGGCCAUGCCUCGUCUCUCUAAACCUCAGUUUUAACAACUGUGGACGAUCAAUUACAGAUUUACAACUUAUUACACAUCUAACAACAUUAAAUCUUUCACACAACAAUCUCACAUCAUUGCCAUCUAAUCUUAUGCACUUUACAUGCCUUACAAACCUUGAUUUGACCGGAAAUUCUUUGAAUUCUGAACCAGCGUUUUUCUCAUUGGCUACAAUUCAAUCUCUACAGACACUUAUAUUAGACAAGAACGGAAUCUUCCAUAUUCCAAAAUUCCAGUUCGGAUUUGAAUCUCUUGCUCAUAUCUCUUUACGUGGCAACUCAAUUGAAAUGGCCGACGACAUUACAUCACUUGCAGACCUAGAGCUUCUCGAAGACGUAAAUAUUUGCGAUAAUCCUUUAGUUCUUCGUCCAAAACAAUUACCUAUCGCCAGACAAGCAUUUAACGCCGCAAAUAUCGAUCUACGAACUGAUGAACCACUUCCUGCAGUGGUCAGACAUACUUUAAACGUUGCUACUCUUCGAACAAUUCCAUUAGAUCCUUUAACGCUUCCUUCGUUCACAAAACAACAUAUAAACUCUCUAAACAGACAAAGUGCCGCUAUUAAAUCAGCCGACAAACUACUAGAAAAGACAGAUGAAACUAAAUCUGUCGAUUCUAUGUCAACUCCUUUACAACAGACCCAGAGUACAAGUCUAAAGUCAACAACAAGUGUUGCUACAACUGAAGAUGACAUUUUCAUGACAGCUUUCGGUUCAAUGGCGAAUGAACCUCCACAAUUCCAGCCUCCUCCAGAACCAGAGCCACAAGAACCCGAGGAAGAGGUUGCUGAAGAGGAGCAGCCAAUUAUUAGCAUCUGGAAUGAAGUUCCUGUCGUUAAUGCAGAACGAAGAAAGAAAUUAAGUGGCCGAACACGCGGAGAAUUCAUGACAGCCUUUCGAAGAUUGGAGUUUGUUGUUUCUCAUCCUGAUCUGCGCCUCAAACCGAAGAAAGACGAGAAGGAAAAGACACAAGAAGAACAAAGGUCACAAACAGCAAAUUCCGAACAGAGUUUGUCCGAAAAAAUCGCAGCGGAAAGGGAAACAUCGAUUCUCCAGCCAAAACCGGCCACGGCCACUUCAAAGAAACCAAAAGAAAUUGCUCAAAAACUUGCUGCAAGGACAGAGUACACGAAAUCGGAAAUCCAACAGAUGCUCAAGUCUAUGUCGGACAGGCUUGGCAUCGUGGAGAGAGAUCUUCACGCAACAGACGAAUCUGGUCAGUCUGCAGUUGAUAUCGCGAUUGAUCAGAAGAAUUUCUCGGAACUUCACAAGAAAUACGAAGUUAUCAGAGCAGAACUUAUCAAUACUCUCAACUCUUAA